AUGACAACCCCAACUUUGAUCAAUCUGCCUCCUCCGCCAUCUGAUCCGGUGACUCCCUCGGACAUGGGCCCAGGGACCCCGAAUUCCGGAACAACCUCCCUCUCCGCUCUGUCCACCACCGCGAUCAAGGAUGGUCAUCAAGGCCAGCCUCUCCCUCACGGUCGUCAUGCGCACCAUUCACCUUCCACGUCGAUGACUUCCACCACCACUCUGGAAGCAGAGCGCGCCGAUCGAAUUUCUCGCCUGGCGGGGCUAGAACGGGUGGCCACUGCUCGGGCGGGAGGUGCCGCUGCUACUUCCCAACCGACGACUAUGCCGCCAACUUCGCAAGCCCCAGGCUACUUUGAUAGCAGUAUGGGACUGAAGGAGAGAAGCACAGUGGGUAGCGCUAGCGCCACGGGCAGUGUGGGAGCUCGCACGACCUGGGCCAGUAGCAGCGAUGCGCCCGAUGUCGAUAAGAUGAGCGAAGAUCCCGACGACGGCACUUCCAGCGUAGGCAAUAUCAGCGAAGGGGAUGCCAGUCUGGUCGGGUUUGGAGAAGGUGCCAGCACCAUCAGUGGCCCGAUCUCGCAUUCGGGACUAAACCGCACUGUCUCUGGAGGCCGACCCAACUCCUUGGGUAGUCCCACGGGUCGAUCAAACCCUAUUGCGUCGCUCCCUCAUCUGUCGAGCGAUAGCGCUAGGGUAUAUUCUGCGAUGUCACCUUCGGGAUCGAUCAACCCCGAGCCGGCACAAGAUGCUCGGAUGGUUGACGGCAUGACCUAUGACCCGGACGUGGUCGAUACAACGGUGAGAACUCCACGACUGGCGACGCCGUCGGAUCCAGAUGUGCCUGGCAAUUUGAUUAGCGAGCAACGUUUGGGUUGA